GCGAGGCAAGCAUGCGUUGCAUUUUUUGAAAUAACGAAUUUUGGAUUUCAAUUUCGAAUUUUAAAUUUUAAAACAUGAAUAGUUUAUUAUUUAUAAUUUUGUGUUCAGUUUUGCGCACAGCAAUUGCUGGGGAUUUAAGGGCAUAUAAAAAUGAUACGAUUGAUGAAGAUCACGAUGACAAUGGGAAAUCAAAAGUGUUAUCAAGAAGGAAAAGGUUUCUUAUAUUCCCGGAUGGAAGUUCAUUUCAACUGGUAUUUCUAUAUCAAACCCCGGUGUUGAUCCCGAUUGGUGAUAUUUUCCUGUUUGCUGAAACUGCUGGGUUGGCUUGGUUACUGCCGACGGACCCUAACAUAUUCCACGCUUUGAAGGACUAUGAGAGACCCCUGCGAAGAAAUGAUGUGGUUAAAACCGUCAACUAUUUGGAUGAAGAUGGAAGACUGAUAGCUAAAGUUCCUUAUACAAGAAAGCUUAUAAUUACCCCGGUCUUAGGAAAGAGAAGUAUAGAUGACCAUUUGCUGUCUUCCAUAAAGCAGAAACCUAUAAUAAAUAGGAAGAAGAUGCACAGGAACCAUUUCAAGACUGGACAUUUGAAAAUUCAUAAUCUGGACAAGAAUAGUAAAGAGUUUCAUCGGAAGAAUCGGUUGGAGCUAUAUCAGAAGUUUGAGAAACUAUUAAUCACGAUGGGACGAGACGGGCGUCAGUGCGUUCUUUAUAAACUAUGCGAGGCGGCGCAGCGGGCUCCAAGGCAGGGGACAUUCUUGCAAGAAUUCCUCAGAGCUGUGUUCACGUUACCAAAAGGCAAAGAGUUUACCAAGGAAGAACAUAAGGAAUAUGAUAAAGCUCACGUUGCAAACGUUGACUGUGUGGCGCGGUACCCUGGCUGCGAAGAAGUACAUGAAUCUAAUUUGAAAUAA